AUGAAGCUCACCACCCUCCUAACAACCACCCUCUGGGCCACCACCGCCCUCGCCGCAGCCAAACCCCUCAUAGAGAAACGCGACCUCGCCACCGCAGCAGCGACACCCGCAACAGCAGCAGCAGCAAUGCACACCCCCAAUGCCGCAGCAUCAGCUACACCCAGUUCUCGUGCGUCGGCAAGUGCCUCUGCCUCUUCAUCGGGUGCUUCGGCGCAAUAUGAGACGAGUAAUAAUGACGACGAUGACGAUGAUUACGAUGAUUACGAUGAGGAGGAUCACGACGAUGACGAUGAUGGAAAGGAUCCUAAGGGGGGUGAUGAUGGUGGGGAUAAGGGUGGGGAUGAUCAGGAUAAGAGUGAUCCGUUUGAAUUCUUGUCGGGGAUUUUGGGAUUGCUUGGUGGAUUGGGUCUGCGGUGA